AUGAGCGACAUGUUUGAUCAAAGACUUCAAAGUAAAAUAAUUAAAAUUGUUGACAUUUCCUACGGAGGCGACAACGGCUUUAACCAGGCCAUCGAGCUUGCUGCCGAAACGCUGCAGAACGUGAAGUUCAUUCAGGAGAAAAGACUCAUUGGCCGCUUCUUCGAAGAAGUUGCUCAAGACACUGGCAAAUAUGUCUUUGGGGUUUUGGAAACCCUCCAGGCCCUCGAGAUGGGGGCUGUGGACAUUUUGAUUGUUUACGAGGCCCUCGACGUCCUCAGGAUAACGCUCAAGCAGAGCUGCGGGGAAACGAAGGUGGUGUUUGCAAGUGCAGCAGCAGCAAAAAAGGACUUUUUGAAUAAAGAAGGAGAAGAAGCAGAAGUGGAAAUUAUAAAUCAAGAAACCCUCACGGAGUGGCUGGUCAACAACUACAAAAACUUCGGAGCCCAGCUCGAAUUCGUCACCAACAAGUCGCAAGAAGGGUCUCAGUUUGAAAAGGGUUUUGGAGGCCUUGGAGGCAUUUUGAGGUAUAAAGUCGACUUCUGCGAAGAAGAGGAAGCAGCACAUCACGAGGCAGACGAGGAGUUCAUCUAG